AUGUUUACAUACUUCAUUGCUGGCGUGCCGAAAUGCCAGGACUUCGGUCACGCCAAACUCGUCGCUGAAAAAUUAAGACUCUCUCUUCCCAGAUUCUCGUAUAAAAUCAUAGUUAAAACUGAAGAAGAAUAUCAAGAUUGGAUGAAUAAAUUUUGCCUCGAACAAAAAUGGAAGAUCAAUAAAAAUCCGUUAGUCUGGAAACGUGUACCCAACUCAAACGGCUCUUGUCAUUUGAUCGGUGGAAUUAACGAAUUUUUUGACCAUCUCAUAGAAUAUUAUAAUGUCGACACACGUUUGGACAAACGAAUAAAAAAACAAAUAGCGCUGGAUAACGAAAAGAGACUGCCGUUUAUGUUGACCGAGCAAAAACCCGUGUGCCGACCCGUAGCGAGAAAGGUGUGCAUAACCGGUGCAGUUUAUCCGUCUACUUGUUACUUGGUUUCUGAACUAUUGCAAUUGAAACAACUUCAAGCUGAAAGCGGUGGUGGUGUAAGCAUAUCUUUGCACCAUAAGAACUCGAACAAUUACGGAGAUCUGAUAAGGAUUAAAAACGAAAUUUGUGACGCCGAAUUUAAUGUUCGUGGUUGUAGUAUGGUCACGGUGGUCAAUAGCGUCGAAGAAGGAUUGUUGAAUUGCGAUUUAUUAAUUGUAAUAGGCAGCAUGAAAAGAGGAGAAAAUGAAGACCAAGACAUAUGGACAAACCGGAAUUUCAUCGCAAUGAAGAGUUUGGCGUCAAUUCUCAACCGCCACUGUCCCGUACGCUGCAAAGUACUGCUGAUGAGCAUGGAUCUAUUGUGUUUCAACCUAAGCGUUUUGGCUGAGAACGCUGAAAAAGUUUAUUUAUACAAUAUUGUUGGUGUGACUGGUCAUCACGGUAUAGUGACGUUACCAACCAUUUCACGGGUGACGAGUAUCCCGAUCUCAGACCUCCACUGUCCACCAGUUUGGGGUUUUGACGGUUCGGCGCAAUAUAUUGAUUUCAAACACGUGAUCUACCAUUGCGGUAGAUCGGGGGUGGACCUCGGAAAACCGGAUUACUACGAUUGCGAAGACGCGGCCACGGUUGUGCACAAUUAUUCGGCAGACCGAAACAAGCACAAAUACUUGCAGAACGUAUUACUACAGUCAGAGAGUUUGCAAACGGGAGGCGACGGCGAGCACGGUGUCGUGAACACAACCAUUGAAUCAAAUACCAGCGUAGUGUGUCAUCUGUGUAGCUUGCCCGAAAUACGCGUGGCCGUCCGAAUGAUUUCGGAAUGGUUCAAAAACGACAGCCGUGUAACAAUCAGCGCUGCAGUUUUCUCAGACGGAACGUUUGGCCUACCAUUUGGUAUAUUUAUAUCUCAGCCAGUUUGCAUGGAAAAUGGUGAAUGGAAACCAAAUUUUGACUUCCCAUCUCCAGAUGAAACGAUCAUUAUUGACAUACUGUCUAAAGUAGAGGAUAUUACAUUCGAUUAUAACCUCGGGAAAAGGUUUAAUGUUCAAUACCCCGCGAGAGAAUCAAGAACAAACAUCUUUGACGAAUAA